GACAUCCCACAGCUUCUCUCGGCUCCUUCGGCUUUCGCUUUGCGGCUGAACCGUUAUUGUGGGACGGGCUUGGUGUACGGUAGUGACGUGAAGCCGGCUUUUUCCCCCGGCUGCAGGAAGAAGCGGGAAAGCGUCAUGUCUAAAUUUCCCCUUUCACAUCAGGUCGGCUUAGGCCUGGCAGCUGGUGUGGCGGCUGGAAUAAUAGUAUACGUGGUUCACCGGCAGCGUCGCCGAAAUAAUAAGCGAGCACCAAAGCAAAAUGGACAUCAUGUACUUGUGACCGGGGAUCGCGAUGGUACUUUAACAGCAAGCUAUUCACAAGCGUUGUCAGCAAACACGGAUAUUGGGGCCGCGUCACGCAGCGAGCAGUCAGAUUUAUUGAGCCGCCUGGACUAUGUCCUUGGCAGCAUUACAGAGCUGCGGCAGGAGAUUGAGUCAUUGCGGAGCAUUCUUCAUGGCCUGGCUGACGAUAUUGUUGGAGAAGUCCGGUCACAUUUGGAGGAGAACCAAAGGGCUAAUCGACGGCGACGAUACCUGCCCCACAGAGAGCGGACUGAUUCCACGGGCUCCAGCUCCAUCUACUUCACCACCAGUUCCGGGCCAGCACACACCGAUGGGGAAAGUGAAGGAGGAUACACUACAGCAAAUGCUGAAUCCGAUUACGAUCGAGAAAGUAGCAAAGGGAGUGAUGAAGAAGAGGAUGAAGUAAGCUGUGAAACAGUGAGGACAAUGCGCAGGGACUCUGCGGAUCCCGUUACAGAUGAUGAAUCCACAGCGAUUGCGGAUGACCCUUUGGAGGAAGAGUUAACGCUUUUGCUCCAGAAGUCGGAUCAGUUGCACAGUGGUGAUGCUCAGCAGAAGAGGGAAGGAUUCCAGAUGCUGUGCAGUAAUAAAUUACUGUACGGCAACCGCCAAGACUUUCUGUGGAGGCUCGUGCGGUCCUACAGUGACAUGUGUGAGAUUACUGAAGACAUUCCAGAAAAGAAAUCCUAUGCCGUGGAAGGGAAAGAAGAAGCUGAAGUUGCACUUCUAAAAGAAGGUCCAAGUGCCGAGUGUCACAAAUGGUUUGCCAUCCUUUGUGGGCACCUGUCAGAGCAUGAAAGCAUUCAGAAGCGCAUUCAGACGGGAUAUCUGUUUAAGGAACACAUUGAAAAGGCGAUUUUAUUACAGCCAAAUGAUGCUCAGUGUUACUACUUGCUUGGCCGAUGGUGCUAUGAGGUCUCUAAUCUUGGCUGGCUGGAAAGGAAAACUGCUUCUGCCCUGUAUGACACCCCACCAAGUUCCACUGUGGAUGAGGCCUUACAAAACCUCCUGAAGGCUGAAGAACUUUCACCAGGAUUUUCCAAGGCCGCGAGAGUUAACAUUGCAAAAUGUUACAGGGACUUGGGUAACACUAGUGAGGCAGCCCACUGGUUGGAAUUGGCGGCAGAGCUUCCUGAACGCACACGGGAAGAUAAAGAGAGCAUGUCUGCCAUUGAGGAGAUGUCGGCAAUCACUGCUUAAAUGAAUCUGCCAGGACACAGAUUAUAAUUUUAUUCAUUCUUGGGGAGAUAUCAUUAUACUUCGAAAGAAUUGGUAUUUCAUUAAAAAUCAUAUUUUCAUCAGUCAUUAGAAAAGGGGGCAUAUUGACAUGAAUCCAUGUUAUUGAAGGGGCUGUCUCACUUCUGCGAAUGACAUUUGUCAUGUAGAGAAAGUUAAUGCAAGGCACUUACUAAUGUCUUGUGAUUGUCCAUAUUGCCUCCUUUGCUGGCUGGAUUCAUUUUUCUUAUUCAUCUCAUUUAUACACUGCUCGUUUCCAGGGGUUAUGACCAUCCUGCAGUGAAGAUACCAGGUGUCUGGGAUGGAAGCUGCUGCGCAUGCGUGCUCCCACAGUCCUGUCCACCAGAGAGGGUUGCAGCGAUGACUGUAACCCCCAGUAACGAGCAGUUCAUCAAAAAUUUCUGAGGAACUCAGGAGAAGAGUUGCUGAUGCUCAUUAGGCUGGAAAAGGUCACAAAAACAGUCUCUAAAGAGUCUGGACUCCACCAAUCCACAGUCAGACAGAUUGUGUACAGAUGGAGAAAAUUCAAGGCCGUUAUUACCCUCCCAAGGUGUCACUGUCCAACAAAGAUCACACCAAGAGUAGAGAGGCCGGCACUUUUUCCUACACUGCUGCAUUGCACUGUGGUCAUAACCAUGGAAACAUGCAAUAUAUAAUGUGAUGGAAAAAUGUAUGAAGCCAGCAAAGGAGGCAAUAUAG